AUGAUAAUAGAAACCCAAAAAUACAACGAGAAAUCGUUCCAAGAGUUAGAGACAAUUUUCCUACUACCAGUAGUCCUGGCUGCUCCAGCUCAGCUGCAACAGCCUCACACGACUCCAGUGCCAAUUUUAAAACAAAUAAAUAGACACAACGAAGAUGGAAGUUAUUCAUACGGAUACGAAGCCGCCGAUGGUUCCUUCAAAAUAGAAUCCAAAUAUCCCACAGGAGAAGUAUAUGGAAAAUAUGGUUACAUUGAUGACCAAGGACAACUGCGAGAGGUGGAGUACGGAGCGACCAGUGGACGAGGUUUCGAACCGGCAGAAUCUUUAAAUGGAUAUGUUUCAUUAGCUCUCAAUCAAGUUUGUUGA